UGAACCACCAGUGAUUUUUUUUUUUGCAAGGACAGUCAUUAGAAAAAUUAGUUGUAGAAAGUGAGCAUUCUGUGGUCCAGAGCAACAAGCAACGCUAUGGAAAGCUGGCUGUUCUCCGUUCUUCCAUUUCUUCUGUGGACAUGCUGUACUUCCCAAAAUGGUGAGCCCACACUUUUUAAUGUAUGAAAAGCUCAACAGUAUACUUAGCAGUAAUGGUUUUAUUAAUAUAUCAACUUGUAAAUGCCCUCGCAUCAGAUGUCCAAGGGAUAAACAACUAUCUGACAUUUAGAAGACAUCUGAAGGCAGCCCUGUUUAGGGAAGUUUUUAAUGUGUGACAUUUUAAUGUAUGUUUAAUCUUUAAUGGAAGCUGCCCAGAGUGGCUGGGGAAACCCAGCCAGAUGGGCAGGGUACAAAUAAUAAAUGAUGAUGAUGAUGAUGAUUAUAUUGUAAAUGGUAGAGCAUUUCAGCCUUAUAAAUGCUUAUACUUGAAGAUUACCAAUAUAGACAGUUAUUUUGAAAAAUAUUGGAUUUCAGAUGCAUUUAUUUAACACAUUUUCAAUGUGUCUUUCAGAGUUCCAACCUUCAAAAUGUGUUUUACCAGUUAUAGUUAGUUCAAAAACUAUAAGGCUAUAACAGAUAAAUAUUUUUUAAAAACUAAACGUUAACAUAUAACAUUAAAAUGAUAGCAUCAGCUUACCUUUUUUAAAAAAAUAAUGGAAAAUAUUUGACUUGUGUUUGGUUUCAAAGUACAGCUUUAUUUAUUUACUGUCAGGCUUCAGGGAAUUGGCUUCCUUUCCCGUAGCCGUAGAUAAGCAGAACAAAGGAAAAGAAUUCUUCUUACUAGUUAGAAACUUUAGUAAUAACAGAAAGAGAACUAAGAACCCAUCUCUUAGUAAUAGCGGUGCUCCCAAUUAAAUAGCCCACCCCCUUCGGUCCCUAUGAACAUAAGUCACUUCUACGUCUCGUAAUCUGAGCUUGUCCCCUCUGUGCUUUCUGUUCUGUGACUUUCUGAGCCCUUCUAGCUUUGGGGAGGGCAGUGGAGGAAUGCUGUCUAGAGGCUGUGAAUCUGUUAACCCUCUCCCUUCCAGUGUUUCUUCUUCUAGGUGUUCACCAUCCAGUAUAUCCCAGCUUCUGCCUUCUGAACUAUGCCCCUCUGCAAACCACUGUUCCCAAUCUAUACUGUCCUCCUGGGAAAAUUCAGGAUCUGGAUCAGGAGCGGGGGGCGGGGGGCAGGAGGAGGCUCCCACCAUUCCUCCUCAGUGCAGUCCUCCACAGCAUGUUCCCUGACAUUUACUGUGCUUUCAGGAAAAUGUGAGAAUGUUGAUAUUGAUUGUAAAUAUAAUUGCAGUUUGUCUAGAACCACCUGACAUUGAUUUUGGGGAAAUGAUAAGUGAUGAGAAGGCCAGAUACUUGGAGGGUGACAGAACACAAUACAAAUGCAACCCUGGAUAUGUCUUGGAAGGCACUGAAUGGAUAACAUGUCAUGGGCAAAAGUGGACACCUGCACCCAGGUGCUUGGGUAAGGAGGCAUCUUGACUUUCAAUAUUGCAAACUCUAAAUCAAAAUGUGGGGUGUCCAACAUAGCCUCUGGAAACUCAUCUGCAUGCAAAGUUGCUUUCUCCAUGUUUGAGGACUCAAACACUCUGUCAAGAAUUGGGAACUGCUGGCCUUCUGGAUUAUUGUUGGACAGCAACUCCCAUCAUGAUAUGAGGUAUAAUUCAAUAAUAUUUGAGGGAUCACAGAUCCCUCUUCUUUACACUGUAUGGCUACUUUGAUUCUGCUAAUAUGGAUCAAUGGAUUUGCAUAAUUGGGCAGAAUGCUGUAAUUUGAGGAAACUAGAGAAUUCACAUUCUGGAUCGGAGUUAUUUAGUGCAAACAUGAAUAGCCAGAGUUGCCAUAUUGUUUGAGAAUUGGACCGGAUCUGAAUUCACAUCCUACCUCCAGCAUGGAAUCAAGAUGUCACUUUGGGCCAGUUUGCAUCUUGGAGCUCUUGUUCCUUUUCUCAAAACUGUGAGGGGAAAAAAAAGAAAAGAAGGGUCACAAUCCAAUGACAUACAGGCCUGUAAUCCUAUACCCCAUCCCAAGGAUUAAGCCCAUUGCACUGAAUGGGAGUUACUUCUGAAGUGCAUCUAUAGGGUGGUGCUAUUAAAUACAUCCCCAUACAUUUCAGUGGGUGGCAAGUUAGAGACUAUUUUAACUCCCAUGUUGACCUUAAUGGGUUUUUUCAGGACUUAAAUGGAAGUUGACAGAAACCACAAUGAAUGACUGAGUGGGUGCAGCAAAUGAGUCUGUCCCUAUUGUGUGAGUUGAUAUGAAGUAACAGAUAUGAGUUAACCUUGAAGCACAAAGAGGGCAAAUGGAAUAGGACACACAGAGAAAUGAGUCCCAGUGAUGAUCCCCGCCUCCCUUCCCUUUCUUUCUUUUAGCACCUUGUGGUAUCACAAAACAACAGCUAGAUGCACAAGACCUGCUCCUGCCUGGGAAGCGAAGACGGUCCCAGGCGAUUCAGCAUAACCAGUUCCUGCAGUUCCUGUGCAAGGAAGGACAUGUCAUCACAGCUCCUUCAGUCAGGAAGUGUAUCGAUGGGCACAUGGAUUUGCCGUUGUGUAUCUCUGGUAAACAUGCUGUUCAUAUUGAAAAAUUCCUCCGUGGUUAUUUAAAUGUUCAAAUGGUCUAUAACUACCUUGCUUUCCAGUUCAAAAGUGAACGCUCCCAGUGCUGUCUUUCUCAUUGGUUCAGAGAGUCUCCAAAUUAUCUGAGUUGCUGCAGGGUCCCAGUGCUUGUUCUCUGUCCAGUGGACCAUAGCUUGAUUCUGCUAGAAAUCUAGUUUUUAUUCAUAUGACACUUGCACACAAGAACCAUGUUCAUCUGGGACCAGAGGUGGUGUGUCCAAUUUUGCCACCUGAGGUGAAAAGGGCAUGUGUAGUCCCUAGACCACCCACUGCACUGCACCCCUAACUUCCGCUGCUGUCAAAAUGCCCCCCUCUUGCAAACGUAGCGAGAGCCAUAGGUUUCCACAAGAUAUCCCCACUCAUCUUCUCCACCCCAGGGUAAGGAAGACAAGCAGCAGUGCUGUCUGCAAGAACUCAGCCAGAGUCAGGGCACUGUGCAAGGUGUUGCCACUAGUCUUUUCCAACCAUAGAGUGGAGAAGACAAAGGGCAACACCGUCUUGAAAUUCUUCCUUCAAAGCUUUGUAUUCUGAGGGAAUCAAUUUGCAGCCAGGAGCUGAUUACCUUGGUUGCAUUAUUUAGAUGCCAUGCUAUUGCAUCUGAGUUGGAACUGGCUUUUCCUCUGUUUCAAAUAGAGUGGUACCUCAGCUUACAACCACCUUGGAUUACAAACACUUUGGGUUGCAGACUCCGCUACACCGGAAGUAGUACCUCGGGUUAAGAACUUUAUCUCAGGAUUAGAACAGAAAUUGCACAGUGGCACGCGGUGGCAGUGGUAGGCCCCAUUAGCUAAAGUGGUACCUCAGGUUAAGAAUGGUUUCAGGUUAAGAACGAACCUCCAGAACGAAUUAAGUUCAUAAUCAGAGGUACCACUGUAUCUCAAGAGAGAGAGAAAUACUCCAUCUCGACAUGCCUGAUUUGAACAAAGGGAUUUCAAAGUCCUUCAUUUUUGACCUUUGGUAACUGUACUAAGUCACUGUUCCUAUCACUUUAUUAUUUACCAGAAAUGGGGAAAAACUGUAGUCACCCACCCACUAUUGAGAAUGGAGACAUUAUCACCUUAUCACAGAAGCAAUAUGCAUCUGGCUCUUCAGUGGAAUUCAAAUGCCAAAAAUAUUAUGCCAUGGAAGGAGAAAACAGAACUUUUUGUAACAAUGGGAACUGGACAAAAGUGCCCAUUUGUCUAGGUAAGAACUUUCCCCCCUCUGUUUUGAUAGAAAUUCCAUCUUCUGGCAUGCAUAUAGGGUUGCUUCAUUAAUUUCUUUUAUAUGUGAUAUAUUUGGGAAAGGUUCAAAUAAUUGUUUCUCCUUAGUAAAGCACCAGCAUGAAGCAUGUGAGAUAUGGAGAGGGACAAUCCUAGUUCCUAUCUUGCCUUCAGGCAUUAUCUUUAGCAUGCCAGUAUCCUCUCAGCUUCAGUCCCCAUUCUGUAAAAUAUAGGUACUAAUCAUAUGAAAAUUAGUUGCUGGAGCAACUUUUCCAAGCACAAUUCAAAGUGUUGGUGUUGACCUUUAAAGUCCUAAACGGCCUCAGCCCAGUAUACCUAAAGGAGUGCCUCCACCCCAAUAAUUUAGCCUGGACACUGAGGUCCUGCUCUGAGGGCCUUCUGGUGGUUCCCUCACUGUGAGAAGCAAAACUACAGGGAGAGGGCCUUCUUGGUAAUGGCACCUGCCCUGUGGACCGCCCUCCCAUCUGAUUCAAGGAAAUGAACAGCUAUCUGACUUUCAGAAAACAUCUGAAGGCAGCCCUGUUUAGGGAACUUUUUAAUAUCUGAUGUUUUAUCGUGUUUUUAAUAUUCUGUUGGGAGCCACCCAGAGUGGCUGGGGGAACCCAGCAGGAUGGGUGGGGUAUAAAUAUUAAAUUGUUGUUGUUAUGUAUUUGAAGUACUUUGGAAACUUAACAAGCACGGUGUCUGUGAUUGGGAGAACCUGUGGCCUUCCAGAUGUUGUUUGACUCCAACUCCCAUCAUCUCUAGUCAACACGGUCAAGGAUGAUGGGAGUUGUAGUCCAACAAGAUCUGCAAAGAGGCACCUUAGCAGAAGCAGAAGAGGAGUUUUACUUGGCCAGGCCUGGUAGACUACUUGCAAUAGCCUGGCAGACCAGAUUCUGCCUGCAGGCCAUAGGUUCUCACAUGACUUUAAUGAUAAUUCUGCAAAUGCUGUUUGUGUGUGCGAGAGAGAAUUUGUUGCUUUUUUCAAAUGCAAUGGUAUGUCAAAAAAAUUGACUUGUGUUCCCAAGACUGAUGUAUAUAAAAUCUUCCUUUUUGUUUAAGUUUUCCAAUAUGGCAAAUACAUACUCUGGUUGCCUUCAUGAACAGAAUCUAUUUUCAUUCUCACCACAGAGCCCUGUGCAAUCUCACUGGCUGAAAUGGAAAGCAAGAAAGUUCAGGUGGUGGGGCAAUCGGAUGAGCAUCGUUUUCAAAACUUAUAUGUACAACGUGGUACUUCUGUUGAGCUUGCCUGUAAACCCGGGCAUGCUCCUGCUGCAAAUUAUUCCCCGUCUGCUUUUGUAAUCCGGUGCAAUGGAGAAGCAAUUGUGUAUCCUGAAUGUGAAGGUAAUUCAACAUGGCAUUAUUUUUAAAAUAACAAAAUUUAUAUACUGCUUGAUUGUAAACAGAAGACUCUCAAUAAUCACUGGUUAAAGAAUACACCAAGUUCUCAUUGGGCUGUUUUGUGUUAUGUUUGCUUCCUUAGUUUGUUCUUCUAAAUCUUUUUUUCCUGCUUCUGAAAACGUGGUGUUCUGUAGCCCUGCAAUGGUUAUGUGGGCUUCAUAACUCAAUCCCUGAAAUUAAAAUCAUCAUGCAUGAUGACCAGCGGUUUCUCUUUCCAACUUCUUCAGAACUCAUGUCUUCAGUGAAACCUUUGUCUGAACUCCACACCCCUCAUCCUUCGUCAAAACAAUGACCACAUAAUAGGUGCAUUUUCUCAUAUUCCUCUCCAGUGACAUUUGUCUCUCCAUUCCACUUCUUCCUUGUGUCAUUGCUAUCUUUGCCUUUCUUCUUUCUAUCCUGUGCCCCUGUUGAAAUUUAAAUUGUCGGAUUUGUCUUUUUUGCCCUGAUACUACUAGAUAAAUAGAUUGGCUUAAAACAACAACAGCUACAACUCUUCAUAUACAGAGAGAAAGCAGCGCUUCUAAUCCAGGUGGUUUUGCCACUUGUUUUUCUGUUUCCAUGUCACAUGUUUACUUCAUUGUUUUUUUAAAUAGAAAUUACAUGUAACCCUCCAAAGGUGGCUCAUGGCACUUUUAGACCUCGAAGGAAUAUAUAUCAUGGUGAGGAUCUAAUUCAAAUUCAGUGUGACAGUGGAUUUCAUCUAGCUGAUGGACAAAAUAUAGCAGAAUGCACAAGGAAUGGAUGGUCACCUCUACCACGGUGCAGCAGUAAGUGGAAUCUGUAGGUCUUAGCACAAUUAUUGAAGGGUUGAUGUACAUUAUUGUUGCUGGGUUUUUUAGUGGUCUGCAUCAGUAUGUAUGUAUAUACAUAUGUAUAUACAGAGUGGCGUAUCCACACCUCCCCUUGUUCUGCUGUUUCUGUCACCCCCUGGAAAGAAACUGCUCUUUAGUGCUCAAUCGGAGCUAACAGGAUUCUGGGUUUCCCCCAGAUUGCCAUUUGUUCUGAUAUAUCACUAAAGAGUGGGUUUUCCCUUGGAAGGGAGGGGGGCAAGGGGAAAACUCCUUGGACCCAUGGUUAGAAAGUGUGAGUCAACUGGGAAACUGCCAGGACUUGUGCUUUGUAGGCACAGCGUAUGUGGAUGAGCCAUAUAUACACACACACACACACACACACACACACACACACACACAAAGGUAAAGGGACCCCUGACUAUUAGGUCCAGUCGUGACCAACUCUGGGGUUGCGGUGCUCAUCUCGCUUUAUUGGCCGAGGAAGCCGGCGUACAGCUUCCGGGUCAUGUAGCCAGCAUGACAAAGCCGCUUCUGGCGAACCAGAGCAGCGCACAGAAACGCCGUUUACCUUCCUGCCAGAGUGGUAUCUAUUUAUCUACUUGCACUUUGACAUGCUUUCGAACUGCUAGGUUGGCAGGAGCAGGGACCGAGCAACAGGAGCUCACCCUGUCAUGGAGAUUUGAACUGCCGAUCUUCUGAUUGGCAAGUCCUAGGCUCUGUGGUUUAGCCCACAGCGCCACCCGUGUCCCAUAUAUAAAUAUAUAUAUUAAUUUUUAAAUUAAAUAAUUAAGCUGAAUUAUAGAAAUACUUGUGUGGACAGCCAUAUGUGUAAUCCUAGUAAGUGCCAUGUAAUAGAUUCCUUUUUCUGUUUCAAUGCAUCACGACAGAUGCUGCGGGAAAAUGUGGUCCUCCACCUCCUAUUGAAAAUGGAGACUUUCUGGGCACGGCAACUUCGGAAUAUAUGCCAGGGGCGCAAGUACAGUAUAAGUGUCAAGCUUUCCACAAUAUGCAAGGAAAUCAAUAUGUACAAUGUGUCAACGGGCAUUGGACAGAUACACCAACAUGCAUAGGUACAGGAAAUUUCUGUAAAUCUUUGCUUUUGCUGUUUCAUUGAAGGAUAUUCUCUAAGUUCAAAAACCUGUGACUUGGUGGCACAAGUGUGAUGUCAGCUGGCAUUUUUCCAUCCCAGAUCCUCCCAGGAACUACAGAUAGCAUUCCCAUAAGGCAAAAUGAUUGGAGUCAUGAGUUCCAAUUCCUCAUUUAGUAAUAAUAAUAAUAAUAAUAAUAAUAAUAAUUUUAUUAUUUGUAUGCUGCCCAUCUGACUGGGUUUCCCCAACCACUCUGGGCUGCUCCCAACAGAAUAUUAAAAACACGAUAAAAUAUCAAACAUUAAAAACUUCCUUAAACAGGGCUGCCUUCAGAUGUCUUCUAAAAGUCAGAUAGUUGUUCAUUUCCUUGACCUCUGAAGGGAGGGCGCUCCACAGGGCGAACGCCACUACCGAAAAGACCCUCUGCCACUUCCAGCCACCAGUCUGCAUCCCACUAGAUGCCAAGGAAAUAAACAACUAUCUGACUUUUAGAAGACAUCUGAAGGCAGUCCUUUUUAGGGAAGUUUUUAAUGUUUGAUGCUUUAUCAUGUUUUAAUAUUCUGUUGGGAGCUGCCCAGAGUGGCUGGGGAAACCCAGCCAGAUGGUUGUUUUUUAUUUUUUUUUUUUUUUUUAUUAUUAUUAUUAUUAUUAUAGCAAGGGGUUGGACUAGAAACAAUUUCCAAGUCCCUUCCACCUCUGUAUUUCUGCAUCUCCAGUUCACUCUCUGGAUCUGUGCACACAGCCAGGCAAAUUAGAGUUGCUCUUUUGAGAAUGGUCAGUGGCAAUGAACAUAAUAUGCCCGCAGAAGGGUCUGGUUUCAGUUAAAAUAAUCUCUGUGUGCAUGGCUUGUAAAGACUUUAGCCUGAGAAGUUGAAGAAAUAGUUCUUGGCCAAAUGGAUGAAUAAUAUAAAAAUCCUGCAUAUGUAGUCUGUCAAUUUAUUAGUCCAUUUCAUCACAAGCCAUUCAUACCCUACAAGCAAAGCAUUGUAUUCAACUAACUUUCACUUACCGUAUUUUUCGCUCUAUAGGAUGCACCAGACCACAAGAUGCACCUAGUUUUUGGAGGAGGAAAACAAGAAAAAAAUAUAUUCUGAAUCUCAGAAGCCAGAACAGCAAGAGGGAUCACUGCGCAGUGAAAGCAGCAAUCCCUCUUGCUGUUCUGGCUUCUGGGAUAGCUGCGCAGCCUGCAUUUGCUCCAUAAGACGCACACACAUUUCCCCUUACUUUUUAGGAGGGAAAAAGUGAGUCUUAUAGAGCAAAAAGUACGGUAGGUUUUCUCAGAGGAGACUGAUGGAUGGGACUACAUUAUGAACCUCAAUUGAUUUCAAUGGGUAUGACUAACUUUGGGCACAACCCAAAAGUUUUAUUUGUCAAGUGAACUCCUCAUUGUCAAAUUAAUCUCUAUGAUGACAUGAUUUGUGCUUUUUUGCAGCUCCUUGUAUAGGAACUGAAGAAGAUAUGAAUCAGAACAAUAUCCGACUGAAGUGGGGAUACAGUGCAAAAUUAUAUACAGUAUCUGGAGACAAGACAGAGUUUGCCUGCAAAUGGGGCUUUCGGCCAGAUCCAACCUCUCCUCCCUUCAGGGCCUUAUGCAGAGAGGGCAAGUUGGACUAUCCAAGAUGUAUCCCUCUACGUUAAUUGCAGUUAAAGCACAAUAACAAAAAAUUCAGCACUCAUGGGUGAGAUUUUUGUCAAUCUAGAGAAAGCACUGUGUAUUACAAAAGAAGGUCUAUACCAGUAUUUAAUGAAUAUUUUCAGUCCUGGCUCUGACCUUAAGUUGUAUCAUGGAAAUCACUUUUCAAUGUUUAACCAUAUAUGUAUUUUUCCCCCAAACGUUUUUUACUGAGAUUUAAGAACACCAACACCAACCAACAAAGACAUCACAUCUUAUUACAUAUAUCCUACUUUAUGCUCCAUAGAGCCAUUGACUUCCGUCCUUCCCUUCCACAAGUUUUCUUAUUCCAAUCUAUAAUUCACAGUUUCAUGGGUUAAAAAUUACACCGUGACAUAAGAUUUAAUUCAAUCCUGCCAACGUUUUCAUAUUUCUACAAUUCUCACUUAUAUAAACCAUAAAUUUACUCCAUUCUUUUUGGUACUUCGUCUCCUCCUGAUUGCGAAUUCUGUGUGUCAAUUUUGCCAUUUCAGCGUUUUCGAACAACUUUAUCUGCCAUUCCCUUACAGUCGGAAUCUCCUGUGACUUCCACUUUUGGGCUAUCAAAACUCUAGCUGCUGUUGUUGCAUACAAAUAUAGUCUUUGGUCUGUCUUCUUAAUAUUUUCUCCCACCAAGCCUAGCAAAAAUUCUUCCGGCUUUUUUGGAAAAGUAUAUUUAAACAUCUUUUUUUUAACUCAUUAUAGAUCGAUUCCCAAAACUCUUUUAUUUUGUUACAUGACCACCACAUGUGGUGAAAAUCACCGUCCUUUUCCUUGCCUUUCCAGCAAGUUUUGCUACUUGUCCUAUACAUUUUUGCCAGUUUGGUGGGAGUGAGAUACCAAUGAUAGACCAUUUUCAUAACAUUCUCUUUUAAAGCAGAGCAUGCAGUGAAUUUUAGACUCUCGUUCCAAAGUUUAGUGUUUAACCAUAUAUGUAUGUUCAUUUUUCUCAUUUCCUCCCUGUGUUUUCCCCUCUGUUUUUUACCAUCUCUUAUUUUCUUCUACUCACUCUCUUUCCUUUCACUCUUUUCAUCUUCCUCUUUUAAAGUCCCCAACAGAAUUAAAAAGAUAAAAAGUGGUUCUGGUGACGCUAGUAAAACCCAGAUUAAGCCAUGGCACAGCACACCUAGGGGUUUUAACUCACAAGCAGGAAAAAAAAAUCUGAUUCCUCACUCAGCCAUUGGAAUAAAUUCACCAGAUCCAUUUAAAUUUCAGUGCUGCUAAGCACCAGUCAUCACAACAUGACUUUUUAUAUAUAUACCAAAAUAUUUGAAGCCUCCCAAAAGUGAUGUCACUGCCACCAACCUGUCCAGUGUGGGAGUAUGUCUGUGAGGUCAGGAUUGCAUCAGUGCACCCUCACAGCCCUGUUUCUUGCCACCUCCCUGGUCCCAUACCAACCAGGUAAGCAUCAGUGAUGCUCCUACUGGAAGAGCAGCCCUGCUCCACUACCUAGCUACUCGUGCAUAUGAGUACAUUUGGGAAACUGGCCUUAAGUUUUCAUUAUGUCAAAUGCUAAUGAUAACUCCUAUAAAAUGAUAGCUGGUAUAUGGACCCUGAAAGAAUUCAGAAGACAACUGGAAACUUAGCUAAUAAAUGCUGGAAAUGU